CUCGCGGCAAAGGGGCAGCUUGACGGCUCGCCCUCGCUCCGUGCGCACGCAGGGCCUCUCGACGACGCAGAAGGCCGAGCUGGGACAUUCUGAGCCUCCCUCAUGAGCGUUCACCUGCUUCUCACCUCACUGGCCAGCCUGCAGCUGCGCUGCGACCGACGCUCGGCUCUACUCGGCACUGGCGCCGCAGCGCUGGCUGGCCCACCGGCCUCGGCAGUGCUUGCAGCAACGACCACCAAAGUCCCGACCUGGAAGCUCUCGGGUGGAGUCGCCUUCCCGACGCUCGCGCUCAACACGGCCGGGCUGACCGAGGACGGCGCGGAGCUCGCCUUCAGGAACGCGAUUGCUGCCGGGAUCACCCACGCCGACUUCCACCCGGGGAUCGAGAGAAACGGUGUUGCUCGCGUACUGCCUCAAGUCGAUCGGAAGAGCGUCUUCCUCAACACAAAGAUCCCCACGAACUGGGCAAAGGGAUGGUCCUCGCCGAGCGAAGCCGCAGCGUCCGUUCCGAAGUUUCUCGACGAGAACCUCGCCAUCCUCGGUACCGACUAUGUCGAUAUGCUUAUGCUGAGAGAUAGCACAGACCCGGCGGUGAUGCAAGCCAUGUGGGCCGAGAUGGAGAAGGCCAAGGCGGACGGGCGCGCGCGCUCGCUCGGGGUGAUCAACUACUGCGAGGGCGCGCUCAGCUGUCUCCUCGCCACCGCCAACGAGCUGCCGGCGAUCAACUACUUCCAAAUGCACGCCGGCAUGGGCCCUGACUCGGGCAGCCUCCGCGCCUUUGGCGAGUCUCGCGGCAUCCGCACCUUCGCCUAUGGGCACGUCGGCGAGCGCGCCAAUCCCACCGACGACACGGACGAGCUACUGUCGAGCCCGACGCUCCGUCGAAUCGGCGCGGCGCACGGCAGGACCGCGGAGGAGGUCGCGCUGCGCUGGGUGCUGCAGAGUGGCGCGGCCGCGAGCGUGCGCCCCACCACGGACUUCCGCAAGGGCUUCAGCGCGUGCGACCCGACGACGAGCGCGUGCGCUGACGGGCUGCGUUCGUCCGCCAAUGCCUUUAGCUACAAGCUCUCGGCGGCCGAGAUGAAGGAGAUUGACAGCAUGACGUCGCCGAAGGGGUUCCCGACGCUAUUCUCGUCACCGGGCUGCCCAGAGUCGUUCUUUGCGAAGUGAAGUGAGGUGGACACCUUCACAAAAAACGGACCUGCAUGAGUGUAUACACUGGUCGUAGGCGUAUUGCGUGGUUUGCAUGCGAGAGUAGCUACUAUUAUGCGUUGUGUUUUCCGCUGCAUGUGCAUGCACUUGUUGUUUUGCUCA